CGCACUUUUGUCCCAGGACAAAAGUACGCUUUUGUCCUACUAAAACGGCGUACACAAAAAAGCCGAAGGAACUCACCAAAGUCACCAAACUCACCAUGCCGAGCCCCUUGCCCACCACACACAACAACACCCCGCAGCUCGCCCUUCGCGUCCUACGAGUGCCGUUUCGUAUCCUUAUCGUCGUAUCCUUUCGUGCCGCAGAACGGGUAAACGUGACCACGACCGAGGAACUGGUCUCUUGCUAGCUAACCGGAGGGCCCGGCCAAUCCAUUUGGAUGCGUGGAAGAGCCAGGAAAUAUCCGCAGCAUCCUUUUGCGAUGGGAAAAGCAGCCCAACAGUUGACCAUCGAUCACGGGAAAGACGGUGAUCGUAUAACGGCACGCGUUGGAUCUCGCACUAAGAAAGCUAAAAUCGUGUUUGAUCCGUCCGAUCAUCAUGUGCCACGAAAACGCAAUCGUCGUGGGGAUACAGAUUCCCUUACAGUAACUACCCCGAAGUCAGAACCAAUUCGAACGGCAACUCCGUCAUCGUCUUCUUCAACCGAUGGAGCACACAGCAGCACCACGCCGGCAAAAGUAUCGGCUGGCAGGCCGACGACGAUAUCGCAACCACAUGCAGCUUUUCGACAUUGCCGGAUCUGUGGCAAAAAUGGCCCAGGUCGUUUGCCACGCAAAUCGCUUGUAUCCCCCUGGACCUGUCCUUCUUGUUCGGGCAAGAAACAGCAGCAAAGGGCACCUGGCAGCGUGCACAAGACGAAACCCGGAAAGCCGAAACGUAUUAAACAGGAGGACGAAACCAGCGCCGUGCAGCAGCAGGAUUUUGCCGGAUUUAGUGAAAAGGAAAUUAGUCACCACGUGGAUGAACUCGAUCAGUCGGAUGUCAAAGCGGAGAGCAUCGAUAGACGAAGUUUAUCUGGCACGAAAUUGAAAGUUGAAAUCACGGAACAAGACGAGGACGACAGCGAUGACAACACCGACAUGAUAGGCGAUGGUGAUGGGUCGGGCUCGCUUCGCAGCAGUUUCGGGCUUUGCCAGGAGGAAAGCAGCCGACCCACUACACCUACUGUCUAUAAGGAAAUUCGCCGGUGGACGUGUGACGACGUCAGCAGCUACUUUAGUCGUUAUCGUCAAUCAUGGGGAGAUUUGUUUUUGGAGCAGGAAAUUGAUGGUGCGUCGUUACUCUUGCUGCAAAGAAAUGAUGUCCUGUCUAGAUUUGGGCUCAAGCUUGGACCAGCGAUGGAAUUAUACCAGCGAAUUGUCGCUCUACAGAGCGGUGAAAGUGAAAUAGUUGAUGUGCGGUUGACGUGGAUGUAGUUUGUAAGCGAAUAAAGCGAAUAUUCUCUAUCUGAGGAGUAUUUAAA